AUGCCGCUGGGGCUGAAGCCCACCUGCAGCGUGUGCCGCAGCACGUCCUCCUCCAUGUGGAAGAAGGGCGGGCAGGGAGAGAUCCUGUGCAACAACUGCACAGCCCGUUCCGCGCCGCCCGGGCCCGCCUCCUUCGCGACUACCUCGGCCGGCGCCCAGCACAGCAACGGGGGAGGUGGCGGCGGCAAGCAGAGCAAGCAGGAGAUCCACCGGCGGUCAGCGCGGCUGAGGAACACCAAGUACAAGUCGGCGCCCGCCGCAGAGAAGAAGGUUUCCACGAAGGGCAAGGGAAGGAGGCACAUCUUCAAGUUAAAAAACCCCAUCAAGGCUCCUGAAUCUGUCUCCACAAUAAUUACAGCAGAAUCAAUCUUUUAUAAGGGUGUGUACUAUCAGAUUGGAGAUGUUGUUUCCGUGGUUGAUGAGCAGGAUGGCAAAACCUACUACGCUCAGAUCCGUGGCUUCAUCCAGGACCAGUACUGUGAAAAGAGCGCUGCGCUCACCUGGCUCAUUCCCACACAAGCCAGCCCCAAGGAUUGCUUUGACCCAGCUUCCUAUAUCAUAGGACCAGAAGAAGAUCUCCCAAGGAAAAUGGAAUAUUUAGAGUUUGUUUGCCAUGCACCUUCGGAAUACUUCAAAUCUCGGUCAUCUCCCUUCCCUACAGUUCCCACAAGACCAGAGAAGGGCUACAUCUGGACUCAUGUGGGCCCUACUCCUGCCAUCUCCAUUAAAGAAACUGUUGCAAAUAAUUUAUGA